AUGACUUACGUUCGAACAUACCUCUCCCUGAGAACAUCCCGUGUGAAUGACAAGAUUAGUUUGGCUUCGAAGAGGAAAUCCAACGAAUUCAUUGGAAGAAUAUCUAAACGCUUGUUAGGACAAACUGGCCGAGUUGCGUUCCAUGUCUACCUUACCUCAAACCGCUGUUACAACGACCAUGAAGUGAUUGAUUACGACGGUGAAGAACUGGACAUUGGCAAUGGAUACAAUGAAAAAGACGGAAUAUAUGUCGUGCCUGUAUCGGGAGUGUAUGUCUUUACAUGGACAUUUCUUGCAGACUAUGCACAGUACGCUGUAACAGAAAUAGUAGUAAAUGGGGAGAAGAAAGGAUGGACAAUCACAGACGGUACUAGUCAAAGUUUGCUACUGAGUCCCUCUUCCAGUCUUAUUGUGACCAGUGUGAAUGCUGGUGACCAUGUCUUUAUCAGGCGUGUGCAAGGAAGAGGUUGUUCUGCUGUAAAUAGUCAAUAUAUGCGAGCAACGUUUUCUGGGUGGCAACUGUCUCCAUGAAAUGCGUUUUAAAAUGUUCGCACAUUUUAUAUCAAUAAAUGACAUUACAAUUUUUUA